UAAAUUAACCUGGCAGCCAAAGGCUUGGUUCACGUGUGUGCAGGUGGUGCCGCUGCGGAUCCGCACAAAAAUCUGUGCAGCCGCACCACCCACACAUAAAGAAUGCGGAUCCGCGGGCAGGUGCCAUUAAUUCUAAUGGCACGCCGCCCGCAUUGGAUAUCACAACCGCACUGUGAACCAAGGUUCCCAUGCGGCCUGCAGUUUCCAAAGAAGUGGAGGGACUUCUUCUCUGCGUGUCCCAGGGCGCGGGAGUCCAUUCACAUGAAUGGGCUCUCGUUGCCAGGGGCGGACUGACCAUUUGGAAACUC